AUGCCAACAGCAUUAGCUGAGUUCCGCCUCCCUGGCCAUAUCGCCGAGAGCAAAGCUAGAGAGAGCUUGCCAGAAUUAGAUAUGGAUCUUUCGUGCUCAAUUCAUACACAAAACUCAUCGCCAUCUGAGCUACCAUCACCAGUUACACCAACUUUCUCUACACGAGGCCAUAUGAGACAUCCAAGCUCAGCUUCUUCAAUCGAAUCACAGUACCUCUACGAAAGUCCCUCCUCGCCGACAUUCGCAAGCAACAAAUCCGGAAAGCGAUCUCUGCCUGAUGUUCAAGAAGAACCUCGUUGCGAACGGGAGAAUGACUUCAUGUUUGAGGACGAUGAAGAUGUCCCAGAUUGCGAUGAACUCUACAACUGCCUGUGCGACGAUCUGUAUUGCUUGCAUAGAGAUACGUCUAUAGCCCAAAGCUCAGUCCAUUUAUCUACCAAUCAAGACUCUUACUAUGAUCUUUCAGAUGGGUUCUUUAGUGAUGGGGAUUUUUCAUUAAACCAGAGAUAUAAGAAGAGAAGAGGAAACGAAUCGCCACUGAAUGGACUCACAUCUCGAUUCAAUACCAAGUUUCCUUCCUUUGCCCGCAAAUGGAGUUCACGAAAAGCCACGGGUUCUUCAGCAGCAUCUAUAUCAUCCGAUACACAACGAGAUUAUGCAACUUCCAGGGCCCCUUCUAGUAGAUCCUCAUCGAGGUCGAACUCCGCUCGCAGACCUCUGGACGAGACUUCUGAUCUCCAUUUGCCACCUACUCCAACCAGAAGCGUCUUUGGUAGCCGCGAUAAUAGCUCUACAACAUCCUUCCUCGAUAUCGAAAAGGCAAAAAGCGGUACAUCUGAAUUCGAAGAAGGAUUGGCCGGCACGCCAUUACUUCCACCUCUCAUGACUGAUGUCUUAGCCAAGGAGCAGUUCAAAAUGCAAUCGCCAUUACAGUCACCAUCUGUCGCUGACACGAGUGAUUCGAUGUCGGGCGCCAACACGCCCAUUGAUUUCAUAAUUACCCAUCAAUUACAUGGAAUGCCCUCACCGCCACUUAGUACUAAACCAUCCAUUUCAUCCUUUCAUAGAUCAACAAUUAAAUCAAACUACAUAGUUCCCUCUUCAGAGAUUCCUGCCAUUCUGAUCGCUGAGGAGAACGAUGAGUGGGCAAACAAACUUGGCCAUGCUAACUUCGUCAUCAACCCUGAGCCAUACGUCCCUGAGAAUUUCGACCUCGAAGCUUGCCGGCAACUACGAGCCGAUUGGGAUCUCGCGCGUUGUAACUAUACCAAGCAUAUUGUUCGCACAGGCGAACACUAUGGAGUCACUUCAAAAACUUACAAGUUGACUGAGGAAAAAUGGGCUCAGACAGAUCUCAAGUGGAUGAAAAACAAUGAACUCACAAUUGCUACUACAGCCCAGAGCUCCACAGAUGCCUUUGCCACACUGAAACAGAACACGCUUGGCAAUGCUUCUUCAAGCAACGUCAUGACGAAAAUCCCAUCGCUAAACGACCCUCGUAGUGAAGGUAAAUUUCCUCAGCUUGGGGACGAAGAUAUUGUUGGACCAAUGGUUCAAGCUACCGCGCAACUUCGACGAAAUCCCAGCAAAACAACCAAGCUUCUUCGAUUCAUCACAGAUAAAUUCCCUGUGGCAUUGGGGAAACCUUGA